CCAGCGCCAUGUUGGAUCAGUUUGAAAGCGAGCGCGGGCGUCGCGCACCGCAGUGACGGCGGAGCAGGCUUCGAGCAAGCGGAGCCUGAGGCGGGGCCGUGUCCGGGUCGGGGAUCCUUUGUCGCGUCUUCCGUCCGGUAACAGGCGCGGGCUUUUGGUGGAGAGUUGUGGACGUGUGCGUUUUUAUCUCUUUUGGAGCCUUGGUCGGUAGUUGAAAUUUUUUGCCGUUCGUUUUAACAUUUUAUUCUUCGGAAUGAUGGAUUUCCUUUUGGCGAUAGGAACGGAAGUGUUUACGGAAGAAAUGUUUUUAAGAGAAGUGAAUAGAAAUAAGCCAUUUUGAGGAAGCCAUGGCAAAAUCAAUUACAAAACACAGAGUUUGUUCUCGGCAAUCUUCGGUAUCUUCUCUGUUAGCAAGCUACAGCCUGAGUGGUAGUAAUUCCUCUAAUUCUGAUGGCUCGUUUCAGUAUAAGGAUAAACUGUAUAGUUCUGCAUCUCAGGCUCUACAGGCCUAUAUUGAUGAUUUUGAUUUAAACCAAAUGUAUCCUGGUGCAAGCACUGGAAAGAUUAACAUUGAAAGAUGUUCCGCUAAUAUGCCAGAAUUCUCCAACUAUAUUUAUAAACCAAAGAAUGCUUUUGAAAAUCUUGAUCCCAAAAAAUGCUCCUCUUCAUCCUGUAGAAGAAAGACUGUUAAUGACAUAGACUCCAUUAGCCUAACAACUGAUGAUCUAUUAAAACUUCCAGCAGAUGGAUCAUUUUCUUUAACUUGCAUUGGAUCAUGUCACCGAAUUAGCAAGAAAAACAAGAAAUGCAUUCGAAGACUGAGUUCAUCGGAUACUGAAAAGAAUCAAAAUUUUCAAGAACCUUCUACUCCCAUGUGCAAAGAUAACUUAGUUACUCCUGUUGUAUACACAAAUAUAAAUGGAAAGCAACGUGGUAGGCUAAAAAACCCAAAACUUGUGAAUAAGACUAAUAAGUGGGUUUCUGAACCAUCUUUAUCAUUUUUCAAGAAGUUGUCUUUCAAAGACAGUUCAGAACACAAACUUGAAAAGAAUUACCCAAGAUGGCUCACUAGCCAGAAAUCUGACCUUAAUGUUUCAGGAAUAACUAGUCUACCUGAUUUCACAUACCCAGUCUGGCUCCACCAUCAAGACUUGCUACCUGAUACAAAUAGUCAAAGGAUUUCUAAAAUAUUUAAAGAAGAUCAGUGUUCCCCUACACAUAGUUACCAGGCACAAAGAACUUCUCGACUUAUGAAUAAAUUAGAUAGUUUUGAAUAUUCUUUUGAACCCUCAAACAUUUCAGACUCCUUGAGUGAUGAUAAAGGAUUAAUUAAUGAAUAUAAAUGUGAUUCUGAACAUAGCCAGUGUCAGUGUGAGAAUCCAGUUCUCCCAGGACAAACCAAAAAGCCAUUCAGUGGUGACAAAAUUGAAUUGCUUAUCCUGAAGGCCAAGAGAAAUCUAGAGCAUUGUACUAAAGAGUUACCGAAGUCUACAAAGAAGGAUGAUAGUCCUUGUUCAUUAGAUAAACUUGAAGCAGAAAGAUCAUGGGAAAAUAUUCCUGUUACUUUCAAAUCUCCUGUUCCUGUUAAUUCUGAUGAUAGUCCUCAACAAACUUCAAGGGCAAAGUGUGCUAAAGGGUUCCUUGAAGAUUUUUUAAAUAAUGAUAAUCAGAGCUGUACCCUUUCUGGAGGGAAACAUCAUGGUCCUGUUGAAGCACUGAAACAAAUGUUAUUUAAUCUUCAAGCAGUACAAGAAAGUUUUAAUCAGAAUAAAACAGCAGAACUGAAAGAAGAGAUUAAGCAAGUUUCAGAAGAUAAUUUCUCUAAAUUACAGUUGAAGGAAAGUAUGGUUCCUAUUACUAGGUCACUUCAAAAGGCUUUGCACCAUUUAUCUCGCCUGAGAGACCUGGUUGAUGAUACCAGUGGGAAACAGUCGCCGAAAAUGUGAAGAGGAAAAUAAAACGGUCCAACCAAUAAAUAGUCAUCACAGAACAAAGAUGUAUUUUUUUUCCUGUUCCUUAAACUGACAAAGAAAUUAUAAGCCAUACAUUAUUCUGUGAUUGGUUCAAGUAUUAUAUAUUUUUUAAAAAACAAACUUGAAAAUGUGCAUAGGUUUUAUGACCUAUCCUCAUUUAAUGCCAAAAUACCAGAAUGUGAACUGGAAGGACCCAUACUGUGUCCUACAGUCUGACUUUGGUCUUCAGGCCAGCAAAUGUCCAAUAUUCAAAGGUGGAUGAUGUCUGUUAUUGAAGCUUAUAUGCACUUAAUCUUCUUGAGCAUCCUCAUCAUUUUAUCAUCUAGUUCUAGAUUAUUAAGAAACUCUUCCUUCUUUCUAUCCAAAAUCUCUUAAGUAGACAUUUUGAUACAAUUAGCAUCUACAUUUAAGUAGGCUAGAGGAAUAUCAAAAUUGUUCUCAUGUAUCUUAUCCAUAUAGAAGUAUGUUGCUUUUAAUUUUUAUAAAUAUUUAAGAUACGUUGUAUUUGCAGAUAACAUUACUUUAAUAAUGGGAUGAUACAGUGCUAAAAGGAAUGUUUUAUGUUGUGAAAUCCAAAAGAAAAACUCAUUUAAUUAAUGCUUUGAUUUUGAUUCUGUGUUAAGAUAAUUUUGAUAUCACUUGAUGGUUUACAAAACAUUUUUUGGGAGUAUAUUUGAUAAUUUAAUAUUUUGAUAUUAUUUCCCAAAUUUUAGUUUUGAGGUUAGCUCAAACUAGUAAAAAUUAUGAGAUCAGUGACCAAUUGCUGUAUGCAAUUUGUUAAGUAAACUUAAAAUGAAUGUGGAAAAUCCAAAAGCAACUCUGUAUUAUAAAGCUGUUUUGUAAGAGCUGAACUUUCUUUAAAACAAUCUGUAAAGUUUGUCUCUAGCUGGAACUCAACAGAGCUGUAUAAUUUUGCAUUUUCUACCAAGUAAACUUCUAAUAAACAAGAAAGCAUCUUUACCAACAAAACUAGGAAUUAAAUCAUAAAGCAUAUUUUAAAAGCCUGUUGAAAUGAAAGAACAUGAGUGUUUGUAUACAAAUAGUACAAAUUAGCAUUGCCCAAAUCGCAGCCCCUUUGCUAGGUAGCUUUACUGUCAAAUAGGAGUUUCUAAGUACAUUGUGUUGAAGAUUUUUGUUUUUCCCCUCAAGUUUAAAGCACUAUGUAAGAGCUUUGCUAUAGAACUUACAUGUCAAAAACUAUAGAGUGAUCCCUGUCAUUUUUUUUCUUGGCCAGUGAGUCAGAGUUACCACCGUACAAUUGUUUUUGCCCAGUUUGAGAGUCACUUGCCAUUAAGUUUGUUUUGUUUACUCCUUUAUUUCUGCUACCAACAUUCUAUUUUCUGAUUAUUGUUUUCUGCUUCAAAACAUAGUUUGCAUAUAAUCAAAGUAUUACUUUGAUGAUGAAAGUAUGGAUGGCUGUCAAAAAUGCAGAUUUUAAGUAGGUGAACAUGAGGUGGAUCUGGGUUGAUCAUGUUCCAGGCUUAGCCAAAUCCACUGAUUCUAUAGAAGGCAGAGAAAAUAAAUACAUCAGAUAAUAAACUUCUAGUUGCGUAUAUGUUGAUCAGACUUAGUAUUUAGUAUGCCUAAAAAGUAUUUCCAAAGGUAUUAUGCUGUAAUGACUGAACAGCACUGAUUUGGUUAGUGCUGUCAUUUGCAAGAAAAUAUCUCCAAUGCUAAAUAAGAUAAGCCUUCUAAAUUUUUAUUAUAGCUAGUAUUUUAAGAAACUUGAUUAUACUUAUUAAAGGAGUAUUUUCCUUUUGUGUUAAAUAUGGAAGCUUAGUCAUUUACCUAAAAAGGGAAUUAAUUUUAUUGAAACAAUUCCAACUUUUUAAUAAAAGAAAUGUAUGAGAGUCAACUAAGAAAAAAAUUUUUUUUAAGAUUUUAUUUAUUUGACAGUGAGAGAGGGAACACAAACGGGGGAGUGGGAGAGGGAGAAGCAGGUUUCCCACUGAGCAGAGCCCAGUGCGGCUUGAUCCCAGGACGCUGGGACCAUGACCUGAGCCGAAGGCAGACACUUAACGACUGAGCCACCCAGACGCCCCUCAACUAAGAAAAAGCUAAAUGAUAAAUGUUCAUGAAAUUGUCUAAAGAAUUGAUUUAAUUACAUGUUAAAUAUUUCAGUAUUUUUUAUUUUGAGUUUUCCAGGGGUAAAAGGGUGACAACAGUAUUGAGACUGCUGAGUUGGAAAUUAAAAGCAGACAAUGGUAACAAAAGUUUUAAAAAUUGCAGUGAGAAUAUAAAUUUUUAUCAACCCCUUUCUUUUAGGUAUAUUUAAAAAUAUUAGGUAGAAAAGGAAUUUUAAAAAGACAUUUCAAAUUUUUAGUUAAAUAUGAAAAAAAUUUAACAAACCUAGUUCCAAAAUUUUUUGAGAUCAAAGGAUAAAGGUGUGAGGAGUAUAUGAAGACUCAAAACUCAACUGUAUGUUCUUUAUUAUCAGUAGGAACUUUACAUUCAGUAUUUCUGUGUUAGCAUAUAUCAACUUCAUAGAGAUUUCUGACCAAGUCAAGGAACACUGUCUUGGGUUUGUUUGGGUUAUAUGUCUCUCUAGUUUUGUUAUUUCUUGUUGAAAUUUAUAAAUGUGGAUUUUUUUUUGGUGUUAUAUUUAAUGUUUAGGAUAACAUCUUAUUAAAUUACAUACAGUUCUGCCAAAUUUUUUUUUAAAGAUAAGUCAUGACAAUAUUUUCCCCCUUAUGUUUUGAAUACAUGAAAUCACUUAUGGAUUUGAAUUUUUGUUUCAUCUUUCCUGUUCCAGUGUUAACUGUGUCUUAAAACCUAUUUGGUGGCUAUGAAGAAGUGAACUUGCCAAAAGGCAAGUAUCAUGAAAAGAGACAAAAGAAGCAAAAGGCAAAUAAAAUUGAUAAUUUCUGAGCAACUGAAGUGUCUUCAAAUGUGAAAGAUUGUAUCAUUCUAUUCCAUGUAUCAACUGGAUGUUUUAUACAUGGUUAUGUGUCCUGUUGGGUUGUAGUGCCUAUCAUAUAAUGAUUGGUGCAAAACUAGGCCUAAACCUGAACAUAUAUUCAGGUUGUAUUGUUACAUUUUUUUCCCCAUGACAUUUGAAAUUAUUCCUUUCCUAUUUCUCUGUUUUAUUUCUUCAUUUUCACCUGUGACUAAGAUCAUUUUCCUUUUUUGAGCAAAGGUAUCUUUGCGUUUUACCCUCCCAGUUUGUUCUGCAUUGUCCUUAACUCUAGACCAAACUUGUAUUAACAGCUUUUCUCACAAUGUAGCAACUUUUCUAACAAUGUAACAAAUACAACAGCUUCUAUCCAUCCUUCAUUACCUUAACUAAGAGGAGCCUGUUUGCCUCCUAACAACCUAUUUCAACCUUAAACAUUCCUUCCCCUCACCUUCAGCCCUUGCAUUGAAGACAGGCUGACUGGUCUUUGCAAGACACUGUUGUAAUACCACCACUGUAACAUUACUAAUUUAUUUCAGAAAUUCACUGCAGUUAGGGCGCCUGGGUGGCUCAGUCGUUAAGCGUCUG